AUGCCUCCAAUUCUUAGAGAUAUCAAAACCAACAACAAUGUGAAUCGGAUUCAACUUGAAAAUGAAGUUUAUUCAGAUGUUGUUCUUUUUUUGAUGGUUUUUUAUUUUGAGAGGAGCAUGAAGUCUUCAACUUGCAACUAUGAAGAACAGCCGAAAAAAGGAGAAGAAGAAGAGGAAUCAUACAUAGGUCUGUCAGCUAAAAGCAUGAAUAUGUGUUAAUGUUAAGAUGUUCUUCCGAAUGAGCUUCUCGGAAAAAUCGUCAACCAUUCAAUUAAAUCUCCAAGAACGCUCCUGACGUUGAAAUCAGUCAGUCGAGGCUUUGAAGAACUAGUUCAACAUGAAAUAUCGGCGGCUGCGAGGAUCAAUCCAAUAGCCGUCGAUGUGUACGAGUUGUUCUCCUUUCAAGUGGGUAAUUUAUUCUUUUAUUACGUUAAAUUUUUUUUGCAGAACCCUUUCAAAAUGAAGGUUUACGAUAGUAAACGCAAGAAUGAAUUUUUCAACUCGGUGAGGAGACUGUGCACUUUGCUGGAAACUUUGGAGCGAAUCGGUUCACGUUUUUCUUUAGGUUGGCAAUAAAAAAAAUGAAAAGGUCGGCAUGUCCCAAUUUUUUAGAAAAUCUGAAAAUCGAAUCACUUGGAUGGAUCGAUUACAGUUUGACAAAGGUAAGAUGUCCUUACCUGCUGCAGAGACGCCUUCGUGAUGUUCUAAACAAGUUUGAUGGGUUUGUUUCUUAAUAUUUAUUUAAUAACUGACAAUAAAAUUUUCAGAACGAGCUCUUGGACUUAUUUUUCUCAUUUAUUUCGACCUUCUCGCUUUUUUGCUGUUUUCUCUCAUUGUCUGGAAAGAAUAACAUCUUUGGAUUUGAAAAAUAUUCGAGUAAGUCUUAUUUUUAUUCAUCGAUCGUCUAAUCAAUUUUAUUCAGAACUUAAAAAGUUUGAAGCUACGAAAGGUUUUCGAAAAACUUUCCAAUCUUAAGGAGCUUACUUGGCACAACGCAAGUCUCCCCUUGCUGAAGGUUUCUGCAAAUUUGAUCACUUUUUGAAACUAUCAAUAUUCAGGUUUUAUCGAAGAGUGCUCUUUUGAAAAAGUUGGUCGUUACUGUAAAUCAUUCACGAGCAACAGAAACCGCGGAUUAUGAGUUCUUGGCGAAUUUCAAGGAUCUGGAAGAAUUUUCUUUCGGAAUUUCUUCAACCGCCGACCAAGAUUCCUUCGCAAGGUUUCCUCUUGGAAUCAGGCUCUAGAAAUGGAAUUUGGUUCGGUCUAUCUAGUUAUAAAAAAUUUCAGACCCACUGUCCAGCUAAUGGAAGAAAUUUAUGAGAGAAUAUGGUCGAAAAAGGCGUACGAAAACGCGGUUAGAGAAAAAAAUAGUUUUUUUUUUCUCUAACUGACGGUUUUUCAGACGGCUUCAAAGGGAAAUUUGUUGAACGCUUUGCCGUCUUUGACUGACGUCACUUUCUGGCGUUCUCCACGAAAAGUAGUCAGAUAGAAGAGACAAAGUUCUAAACUUUCCCUCUUAGAUAUUCGCCGAUUUGCUAACAACUGGAAAUUCUUACAAUUCUGUGUCGUUUGGCGGCGAGAAUAUCUCCAGUGAAUGGCUUUGCCCUGUUCCUAAUUUUCUUGAGGUAAGUUUGAAAUAAGUGAAACGAGCGUUAAAUUCAAAAUGAAAAACGUUCUGCAGCAGCGCUUUUCUGAGAUCAGGCUGAAACUAAGCAUCGUUUAUCAGUUAUAUAAAACGCGUUGAAGGAUUGAAAAUAAUAAAACUUUAAAACUUACUGGGGAGUAGUUUUAGAAUAAUUUUUCUCAUUAAUCCUUCAAAGCCAAAAAAAGGUCCAAUUCAUAAAAUUUAACGUAUGAACAUUUUUAAAAGUUAACAUCAUUUGAUUUCAGUCCCUGAUGUUUUUCGAGGAAAGUGAACGACCUCCACCCGAUAUCAAGUGUCUAAACGUAAGUUGGCCAAAUUAUCCCGAACCUUAUUUUUUUUCAGUUGUUCCUGAAAAACACCUUGCAAAAUUUCGAUUUGCCUUUUAUUCUUCGGAACUUCAACGUGAGGACGGAAAAAUUUAAAAAAAAAGAACUGGAUUUCUUCAGAGAAUGGACCGCUUAGAAAAACUGAAAAUAAAAGUCGACAAUUGCUGCUUCAUAUCGCCCCAGGAAACCACGCGCAAAAACCAACAGCGAGGAUUUUACUCUGAGUUUUCUCUUGAUAUCGAGAGGGUCGAAAGUUACAAUCUGGUAAAAGUCUCCAUAAAACUUGAAAAUCUUCCUUCUUCUAGGUUUCUUUCGAGAAAAUUCUCAAUGACUUACCCGGAUAUUUGUCUUCGGGUUUGCAAAAGUUCUCACUCUCGUUGCGGAUUUCGGAGAAAGAGUCGAUGAAAAAUCGUGUCCUCGCAGCUUUGAGGGCUCUGGUCAAGAAGAUCUCUUGUUUCAACAAUUUUCCCGACCUCGAAGAGCUCAAUUUGACUGUUUGGGGUCCUCGUUGUUUGAAAGUGAGAAUUUUUUUUUUCUUAAUUAAUCAUCAUUUUUUUUUUUGAAAAAGAUUUACUUAAAAGAAAAUGUUGAGCUCAUAGACGCUAAAAUUCUGGCACCUAAAGUUAAGUAAGUUGAACUAGAAAAGAAAAAAAACGGUUCAGUUUGGACUUACCUUAUCGCUUACAGACUUACCCGCAUCGAUUUCCAUCUUUUUACUUCAGGAGCUGUUGGAGAUCGUCUCCGACUGCACAGCUGAUUUUAUAAAACGUUGCUCCGUCGUUUGCAAGCCAAACUCGGAGCAAGAAAAAGACAUUCUGGAGGCUCUCGGAAAGUUUGUCGGCUCCUGCAAGAAGUUAGAAAAGGCUUCGUUUUCUGCGGAAACAUUGCGGCCUCUCAUAGAAAAAGGUAUCAACUUAAGAAAGAGAACAAUUUUCCUGUUUUCUGAGAGAAAAAUGAGAUAAUGAUAUAAAGCAUUGAUAUUCAAAAUACUAUUCUGUGAAAUCAAAAAGUCGGAAACUCUUUUUUUACUUAGGUUAGGCAAUAAAAAUCGUAAUUUUGAGCAAUGCAAAUCUUUAAAUUUAAACGUUUAAAAUCGAAAAUAAUUAUUUCGCGCUGUGGCUCGUAGAAAAAAAGUUAUCGCCGCUAGCCCAUUUCGCGCCAGCUUGUCCCGUUUUUUUCAUCUGCAAGUAAGACCCUUUUUUUAAAGUUUCUAUAUAUAUGUAAUUUCCAAGGGACAAAGUUAUAAAGUUUUCAACCAAGCUUGGUCAGGAUUAUCAAAGCUUCAUUGAUAAAUCUGGAAUUUUUAUUUUGAAAAAAUUGAAUUGAAUUUUCAGUCAGCAAAUCUUACUUGUGGCGCGAGAUCUUGCGCGAAAAAACAGCGUCUUGCGGAUUUGGAGAUUGUCGCCUAGAAGUAGUCCCAAAACUUCGACAAGACUUCCAGCAUGUAAUUGUUUAACUUUUUUUUUUACAUACUUUUCUUUUUUAUGAAUAAAUUUCACGAUAUUCUUGAUAUUAUCUUUUUAGGAAGAAGAAGAAAGCGAUGGCGAACCGGAAGUUGAAGAGGUUUAAUUUGAUUGUUUUAGCAAAUCCGGUGUCCAAAACCAUUUACCUUCAAAAUGUUUCUGACCUCAACUUUUCAAGUGCGAAUUGAGUGGAGAGUCAUUUCUUUUUGAUUUUUUUCAUAUGAAGGAAAAGCAAAAGUAAAAAAAAAUUGUUGAUGCUACCAAUUUAUAAGCAGCUGUUUCCGAAGCUUUCUGAAUGGGAGACCUUUUGCUCAAACUAUUUUUAGAAAAGUUCUUUAAACUUAUGUGAAGGAAUCGUUACUAGCCGAACAAUAAUAAUAUCAAGACACUAGUAAAACAUGAGUCAGAAAAGAAACGGAAGAAAUAGUGAAUGUGAAAGGUUCGAAGACAUAUAAUAAAUGGCGGUUAAAUAGUGCUGAGGGAAGGGAUCUCGAAGGUUCUGUAAUGUUCCAGAAUGAAAGCGAAGUUCAGAAAAUAUUGAGAUUAGGAUAAAAGAUAAAAUAUUCCAGAGUUUCAGAGAUCUUUCCCGAAAGCAAUAGAACAUUUCCGAACGAACCUUCUAGAAAUGUAGAGAACAAUCGAAAAGACUGUGGAAAAUCAUAAAAGAUAAUCAGCUUGAUAUAACCUUUAUGCUAACAAUAACAUUGUGGUAUAUUGGCGAAGUUCUCAUCUGCUUUUCAACCAAAGUUUUUCUUAUGCACUGACAUUGCUUCCCGUAUUCGAUAUUUUCAAAAUAAUCGAGCUUUUUCAUUGGAGUAAAAUUCAGAAAGUUGACGAGAGCGAAUAUGGAAGCGACGAAGAGAGCGACGAGGAAUUCGUGGUGCGAGACGAGAAGGUAGAGAUGUCAGACGAAGAGAGCGAGUUGGACGUUCUGGAGAAAAAGUUGAACGGCGAGACGGAACGACGGCACAAACGGUGGAAACGCCUUGACGUAUGUUUCUUCCCUGCUACUGAGAAAGUAAACAAUUGAUUCACACACACUGUAAGGGCAGACCGUUUAACACAAAAAAUAAUUUUGAUCAUAAAAAAUUGUAAUCUUCUCUUUCGUUCACUCGAGUGAGCUCUUGGAAACCCCAGAAAACUCAAAAGUUUUAAAAAACUCAAUUCUGACUAAUUUUAUCUCUACGUCAUUAUAAAAAAGCUUGAAAUUUUCUAUACUGUUUUUUGUUAAGAUAUGGAGAGACUUUUCUUCGAGGCCAAAGUCUGUUUCCUAUAUUAUUUACAAAAUGGGUCUAAUUGAUCUUUUUAGGUUGCCUCUUCACCAGAACCAGAAGAAGAGUCCGAUGAACCAGAAGAAAGUCUCGACGAGAUGGACGAAGAAGAAGAGGAGCCAUUGCGGGUAAAGUAUACCCAGAUCAAUUUUUCGCUCAGUAGAAAAGCUUUCAGAAUCCAUUUUUGGAUGAGGAGGCUGUUGAGACAGACGGAUCAGAGUCUGUUGACGACGAGGAACAAGAGCAAGAACCGGACGUCUCGGAAGAUUCUGAUAUCGAUUUUGACGAUCAACGACUUUUCGAUGUAAACUACCGGGUGAUUGCAUUCAGAAGAUAGAGGAUUUUCAGAAUGACGUCAGAAGGCUGAAUGAAGAGCAAAAACGUCCGAAACGCAGAGCUGCCGGUAACGCCGGCGGCACGAAGAGAAGGCGGGUUAUCGGUAAGUUUUCUUUUCAAUUUUUAGUAAGUCUAGUCUUGAUCCAAUAAGUUCCGCUUUUCCAAGGUAUGUAAACAGUAAAUUGAAGUUGAACUGAGGGAAAAAUAUGUCAGAGAAGUUGUCAUUGCAUUCUACAAGAAAUACGCGAUUUUCGAGAAGUUAAUUAAAACGAACUCGGACCUUGAUAACGCGGACCGGACGCGAAUCGGAAGGGGCAUUUGUAGUGACCCCUUUAGUAGCUUCAGAACUCUAGAACUGCUUAGAAACGUCCGGAGCGCGACCGGUUUCCAUUACCGGGUAUCAUUGAAGGUGUACAAAACGUGAUUUACCGUACUUGCUUCUUCAAGUUGAUUUGAAAAAAAGGGCAGGAGAAAAACAGUAGUAGUUCCUCAGAAUUUGUUUAAAAAAGUGGAGAAGAAAAUUUUCGAUUUUCCAAGUUGAGCGCUCUUUCUAAGCUGAUGCAUUCUCGGUGAACUGUCGUUUUUUUUCUGAGUAUGCCAUUCAAAGGAAGUAAUCGCGAAUUUGGUUCCAAUCAGAAAUUCGGACUCAAAUUCAUUCAAUUCUUUCAAUAACUUUCAUCAGACUUUUACUAAACAUUGGACCGUUGCAGUGUCGGACAGCGACGAAGACUAG